CCACACCGUCCGCUCCAAAGGACGCCAUCUCUCAGUCAAACAAAAGCUUUGAUGCGUGCAUGCGCAGCUGACGCCAGCCCACAUAUGCAGCCACGUACCAGUAGGAGGACGAAAAGAAUGACGUUCGCGCAAGAGCUCGCAUCUUGGCGAGCUCCUCCCAAAAUACCCGUCGCGACGCCACCGACGAUAGGUUCUAAGGCGCCGUCCACGCCUGCAUUACCGAUCCCUGCGGUGGAUGGCAGGCCCGUGGUCGUGACCUUUCUCAGGCAUUGCGGUUGUCCCUUUGCCGAAGCCACCUUUCUAGACUUGCGCGAAGCAGCGUCCAAGAAUCCGACGGUCCGCUUCGUGGCCGUGUCCCACAGCGACCAGGCCUCCACGGACAAGUGGCUUAAGGACGUUGGAGGCACUGCGUCCCCGUCGUCCUCGAAUGCGGUGGACGUAAUCGUUGACCCCGAGCGCAAGACCUACGCCGCCUGGGGCCUGGGCACUUCCUCCUUCGCCCACGUUCUCAGCCCGGCAGGAUUGUAUGCAGUCUAUAAGAUCGGCAAGGAGAGGGGGAUAUGGAAUCGUCCAACAGAGAGCGGCAGUCGGUGGCAGACGGCUGGCUCGUGGGCUGUGGAUGGAAAGGGUCUUGUUAGGUGGGGAUCGGUGGCAAGAAGGGCGGAUGUUGUCCCCGACUUUGGAGAGGCGGUUGAAGCCGUCAAAGCGUCCUGA